AUGCGAAUGAAAGACGAUAUGUUUGUAAUGUUUGCGGACAAGCUUUUGUACAGCAGUGUACUUUGAAGGACCAUGUAAAAGUUCAACAUGGGGUCUAACUAUGUUUUGAAUCUAGAUACAACAUCAGAAGAUGGUUUGGAAGAUACAACAGAAAUAACUCUAAGCAAGAAGAAUUUCACAACAUUCAUUACCAUCAAACCUCCUAGAAAAACGAAAAGAAAAAUAAAGAAAACGAGUAAAAAAGCUACCGAAUUGGAAUUUCAUUUUGAUAAUAUCAAAUCUAUUUUACGUUAUUCCAACGCUACUCCAUUUAGAGGUCGUAUAGGAUCAAAAUACGCUUGUGGGUACUGCACAAAUAAAUAUCCAACACCGGCAGAAUUAAAAGAUCACACUUUGGUCCUUCAUGAGUCGGAUAAACCUGAUUGUUUACGUAUACUAUCUCUUUCAAAAUACAUAGUAUAUCUUGAUAUCACCAAUUUAGAAUGUAGACUUUGUAAUAUAUCUAUAAAUAAAUUUAAAGACCUUUUAUAUCAUUUGAAAAUAGAUCAUGAAGAAAUAAUACAUAUGGAUAUAAAAAAUCAUAUAAUACCGUUUAAUUUUGGUAAUAAUUUGCAAUGUGUGAUUUGCUCAAACACUUUUAUGGUAUUCGAAGAUUUGUUAGAACAUAUAUGUACGCAUUAUAAGAAUUAUUCAUGUGAUUUAUGUGAGGAUAUGUGGUUUGUAAAUAGAAGUCUAUUGUUAGAUCAUAAAAAAGCUGUACAUUUUAUGUGA